AUGGGUGACUCAGGAUGGAACAUAGGUCUGAACUACCAUGACCCCAGAAUGCUGAAAGGGCCGGCGUUCAGUUUUGGGAUGCGCCACCAACAGCUCAGCUCAGACCGCUCCCGAGGGCCAGCGUUCAGUUUUGGGAUGCGUCACCAACAGCUCAGCUCAGACCACUCCCCAGGGCGGGCACUCAGUUUUGGGAUGCGUCACCAACAGCUCAGCUCAGACCGCUCCCCAGGGCGGGCACUCAGUUUUGGGAUGCGUCACCAACAGCUCAGCUCAGACCGCUCCCCAGGGCCAGCAUUCAGUUUUGGGAUGCGUCACCAACAGCUCAGCUCAGACCGCUCCCCAGGGCCGGCGUUCAGUUUUGGGAUGCGUCACCAACAGCUCAGCUCAGACCGCUCCCCAGGGCCAGCGUUCAGUUUUGGGAUGCGUCACCAACAGCUCAGCUCAGACCGCUCCCCAGGGCGGGCACUCAGUUUUGGGAUGCGUCACCAACAGCUCAACUCAGACCGCUCCCCAGGGCCGGCGUUCAGUUUUGGGAUGCGCCACCAACAGCUCAGCUCAGACCGCUCCUCCGGGCCGGCGUUCAGUUUUGGGAUGCGUCACCAACAGCUCAGCUCAGACCGCUCCCCCGGGCCAGCGUUCAGUUUUGGGAUGCGUCACCAACAGCUCAGCUCAGACCGCUCCCCAGGGCCGGCGUUCAGUUUUGGGAUGCGUCACCAACAGCUCAGCUCAGACCGCUCCCCAGGGCCAGCGUUCAGUUUUGGGAUGCGUCACCAACAGCUCAGCUCAGACCGCUCCCCAGGGCGGGCACUCAGUUUUGGGAUGCGUCACCAACAGCUCAACUCAGACCGCUCCUCCGGGCCGGCGUUCAGUUUUGGGAUGCGUCACCAACAGCUCAGCUCAGACCGCUCCCCAGGGCCGGCGUUCAGUUUUGGGAUGCGUCACCAACAGCUCAGCUCAGACCGCUCCCCAGGGCCAGCGUACUUGGUUCCCUCCAACAUCACCAGGAUUGGACAUGACGGGGCCCCUUCAUACUCCCUCUACAGCCGCCCCAAUGACCCCCAGCUGUUCCAAACCCCUGGACCUGGUCGCUACUCCACUGAGAGGUCGGGGCAGUCUGCAUAUUAAUCUGCCCCUGCCUACUCCCUGUCUGAUUGGAGCAAAGGCUUCUGCAACGACCAGACCCCAGGCCCUGCUGCUUACAUGCAGCUCUCUGUGCUGGGGCCUGCCACCGUCAACAAAACCUCCGCCCCUAACUUCUCCCUCCGAGGAUGCAGCAAGAUGGUCAGUUUCCACGAGGACCUGCAGAAGGUCCCUGGCCCAGGGACAUUCAGAGUGGUGGACCCCUGCACCUACAAACACAAGCCCCCCCACUACAGCAUGACAGGAUGCAACAGCAUGCCUGGAGACACCACCAUGAAACCAGGCCCCGGAGCUCACCACCCUGAACAGGUGACCUUCACCAGGAUCAAACCUCCAAGCUUCACUUUCAGAAUUCAUCAUUCCGAGUUCAUCACUCCACUCAUCGUGGACGUGGUGUAA